CGCCGCCACCGCCGCCGCCAUAGAGACUGUAGCCGUGGAGACUGUUACUUACCAACGGGGACCAACACGCAGCAGCCGCCACCGCCGCCGCGGGAGCCGUUGCCCGAACUCCCGGCCCGAACUCCAGACCUGAGCAUGCAGAACUCAGAGAGUGGAUCGGAUUCUCCGGCUUCCGUGGCUUUGUGUUCGUCGGCGGCUGCCCAGGCGUCCGUGGCCCAGCCAGUGACAGCCUCCCCACAGAGGGUGUUGGUCCAGGCAGCGGGCUCAGCUCCCAAAGGGGCCCAGAUGCAGCCACUCUCCCUCCCCAGAGGCCAGCAGGUGCCACAGCAGGUCCAGCCGGUGCAGCACGUGUACCCCCCCCAGGUGCAGUACGUGGAGGGCGGGGACGCCGUCUUCACCAACGGAGCCUUGCGGACGGCCUACGCCUACAACCCCGAGCCUCAGAUGUACGCCCCCAGCAGCGCCGCGUCCUACUUUGAGGCCCCAGGCGGCGCCCAGGUGACGGUGGCAGGCUCCUCCCCGCCCGCAGUCCCCUCCCACAGCAUGGUGGGCAUCACCAUGGAUGUCGGGGGCAGCCCCAUCGUCUCCAGCGCGGGAGCCUACCUUAUCCACGGGGGGAUGGACGGCAGCAGGCACUCCCUGGCCCACACGUCCCGCUCGUCGCCGGCUACGCUUGAAAUGGCGAUUGAAAACCUCCAAAAAAGCGAAGGGAUCACCUCUCACAAAAGCGGUUUACUCAACAGCCAUCUGCAGUGGCUCCUGGACAAUUACGAGACCGCGGAGGGCGUGAGUCUCCCCCGAAGUUCACUCUACAACCACUACCUGCGGCACUGUCAGGAGCACAAGCUGGACCCAGUGAACGCCGCCUCCUUUGGGAAGCUAAUCCGCUCCGUGUUCAUGGGCCUGCGGACGCGGCGGCUGGGCACCAGGGGCAACUCCAAGUAUCAUUACUACGGGAUCCGCCUGAAGCCAGACUCGCCCCUGAACCGGCUGCAGGAGGACACGCAGUACAUGGCCAUGCGGCAGCAGCCGGUGCAUCAGAAGCCCAGGUACCGGCCAGCCCAGAAGACGGACAGCCUUGGGGAGAGCGGCUCGCAUGGCAGCCUGCACAGCACGCCCGAGCAGGCCAUGGCUGCCCAGAGCCAGCACCACCAGCAGUACAUCGAUGUGUCCCAUGUCUUCCCCGAGUUCCCGGCUCCCGACCUGGGCAGCGUCCUGCUGCAGGAGAGCAUCACGCUGCAUGACGUCAAGGCCCUCCAGCUGGCCUACCGGCGGCACUGCGAGGCCACUUUAGACGUCGUCAUGAACCUCCAGUUCCACUACAUUGAGAAGCUGUGGCUCUCCUUCUGGAAUUCUAAAUCCUCUAGCGAUGGUCCCACCUCUCUACCCGCCAGUGACGAGGAGCCAGAAGGCGCCGUCCUCCCCAAGGACAAGCUGGUGUCUCUGUGCAAGUGCGACCCUGUCCUCCGGUGGAUGAGGACCUGCGACCACAUCCUGUACCAGGCGCUGGUGGAGAUCCUCAUCCCGGACGUGCUGCGGCCCGUGCCUAGUACCCUGACACAAGCCAUCCGCAACUUUGCCAAGAGCUUGGAAGGCUGGUUGACCAAUGCCAUGAGCGACUUCCCACAGCAGGUCAUCCAGACCAAGGUCGGCGUGGUGAGCGCCUUCGCGCAGACCCUGCGGAGGUACACGUCGCUCAACCACCUGGCGCAGGCGGCCCGGGCAGUGCUGCAGAACACCUCCCAGAUCAACCAGAUGCUCAGCGACCUCAACCGCGUGGACUUCGCCAAUGUGCAGGAGCAGGCCUCGUGGGUGUGCCAGUGUGAGGAGGGUGUGGUACAGCGGCUGGAGCAGGACUUCAAGCUGACCCUGCAGCAGCAGAGCUCCCUGGACCAGUGGGCCAGCUGGCUAGACAAUGUGGUCACCCAGGUCCUGAAGCAGCAUGCGGGCAGCCCCAGCUUCCCCAAGGCCGCCCGGCAGUUCUUGCUGAAAUGGUCCUUUUACAGCUCCAUGGUGAUCCGAGACCUGACCCUGCGCAGCGCCGCCAGCUUCGGCUCCUUCCACCUCAUCCGGCUGCUCUACGACGAGUACAUGUUCUACCUGGUGGAGCACCGGGUCGCCGAGGCCACUGGGGAGACGCCCAUUGCUGUGAUGGGAGAGUUCAACGACCUGGCCUCCCUGUCGCUGACACUGCUGGACAAAGGUGGGUGUCUGGGCGUUCCCGCCCAUCCUGGGCACAAUUGGGUGGGGGGGGUGGCCCCUAAGGCGGCCCUGGGCAGCAGUCCGCAGGCAGAAGCCCCACCCCCUCCGCUCCUCCUAGAUGACUGUCCUGCUCCCCUGGCCGUCCACUCCAGGCCCGAAGGAGCAGGGCCACGGACGGGACUGGGGCAGCUAAGGGGCUCCUCCCUCCACGUCUGGAGAGGGAGUGGGCAGGUGGGGCAGUGAGCACCCCCGGGGCCCAUUCCCUGCCCCACGGGGAUGGGAGGCCCAGCGCCCAAGGGGGACCCUACCAGGCACAUGACCCAGGCGCGUGGGCGCUGGUCGAGGGUGGUCGCGAGGAGGAAGACCCCCAGUCAGCCCAGACCCGAGCCAAGGCAGGGCCCUCACCUGGCCUGUUCGUGCCCCCUACCCCAUCCAAUCCCACAGAUGACAUCAGCGAGGCCCACUCGGAGAGCCGAGGACGGGGCGAGCCCCUGGUGAAGCGGGAGCGCAGCGACCCCAACCACCCCCUGCAGGGCGUCUAGCUGGCCCCCCAGCUCCAGGCCCGAGCUCUGCCACAAUAGUGCCUCUUAGACAAGUGACCUUUACUCCGAGUCCAGGGGCCCUGGGCCAGGGUGCCCGUAAAGGACACCCUCCUCUUCCUCAAGACGGAAACUGCUGUGACCCUGGAGGAAUUGUGCGCCGGGCGCCCAGGGCCUGAGCUGCACUCUGGGCACCCAGCCCACCCUCUCCUCCUCCUGAAUCUCCUCCCCCUUCCGCAUACACCCAGCUCAGAGCUGGAAGGGGCCGGGCCAUGUUGGCCAGUCGCUGCCUCCCCUCCCAGCUGGGAACUCCAGUGGCCCUGGGGAGGAAGGGGGUGUCCCGCAGCCCGCCUCGUGCCCUGCGGAGCGCAGGGGCCGUCUUGAUCCUUGCCUCGUGGCUGCCCAGCUGGUCCCUGAGAGCCUGGUCUCUAGAUGCCAAAGGGUUCAGAAGCAGCUGCCAAAUGAUCCCUGGACGGGGCUCAGCCCACAGCCCCACAUGGCUCAAGAACCAGUCACCAAAACAGACUCCCUGGUGCCAAGACCCAGUGGGACCUUUCCGUCAAACCCAGAAGCUUGAUCCACAACUGCAAGGAUUGGGAUUCUGCCCAGGUUCACAGCCAACAUCAAGCUCAACAGUGAAGUCUGGAAUGAGUUUGUUCCAAGGAGUUCAGGAGAUCAGUGUCCCCUCGGCGCCUUCAGAGGGCAGCCUGUCCAGCCAAGCCUGUGCAUGAACAGCUGUGUCUUAAGCCCCGCUUCACAGAACCUUUCAGAUUGCCUGCCUUUGAAGAAGCGAUCCCUGAGUGCUGUGACUCCGGCAGGUCCCAUCUUGAACUGCUCAGAGUCCAAAUUCUUCUCUGGGGACAAGCGAACCCCAAGACCCGGCCCAGCCCCGAACUCUACACACUCCGUGUCUGUGUUCCUCAUCAUUUAACCCGUUGCACCAACGGGCCUGGGCCAGAGGGCUGCCCCCGCGGCAGCUGCAGAGAAGACGACCAGCCUCUGGUCUGGGAAGGCCUGGCUUCGUGUCUCUUUUUGAAAAUAUGUUCAUACCGAUAGUUUUGUGCUCGAAUUGUUAUUAGAACGUUCCUUAUGGAUGUGUAUAUGACAGUAUAUCCGGUCCCGAAUGUUGUUCUCUCAUGCGUGCAGAAGGUACUAAUAGAAACUCACGUGGCCUUGAAAACCCUACUUCUCGACAAGCAGCGCUGUGCAUCCAUGUCCUCGAGUGCACUCGGCGGGGAGCUGAGAGGAAAGAUGAGAAAUCUCAUUCUAAGAAACCAGCGGCCUGUCGUGGUGAUCACCAAGUGCAUCUUCUCUCAAGACUGCAGACUCAGAUGAACUCAGACAAAAAGAAUGUCUUUAAAGAUACAUCUGCUUUCCUGGGAGACGGUCAAGUUCAUGGUUCCUAGAUGGUGACGCCUGCCUCUUCCUCCACGUUUCUGCCUUACACCCUGUCUAGUCCUUUGCCGGAUUCCAUGAGAAGGAAUAUAAACGACAUAAAGACAUCAGACUUUCGAGCCCAUCCUCGUUUUUUGUUGCAAUAAACACACUGAAUGUA